AAAUAAGAAUAAUACACGUUCAUUCCGCAGGAACAAAACAGCUAUGACACGAGCGUGCCAUGUCCGUAAAUUAAAAUUAUCUUCCGUAUUUGUUUGGAUAAUAAAGUCGGAUCUACAGCUGUUGAUACGUAAAUUGUUGGUGAAAUAAGUGUCAGCGAACAUUUGAUCACGAAAGGAUAGCCUCUGGACUGAAAGAACGAUUCCCGCAAAAAUGAGAGAGGCUGGUAUAAUGUUAAUAAGCACAGCAUUAACCUGCGCUGUGAUAGGCAACGCUUAUUAUCAAAGGAAACAGUUUUAUCCGACAGUAGUUCAUAUAACCAAAUCUAACCCUAGUAUGACCGUGAUCUAUACGCAAGGUUUAAUUCUAGUAUUUAUGAUAAAUGCUUUCCUUCGAAAGAUAUUUUUCGGCACUUUGCGUGCUGCUGAACUUGAACACUUAUUGGAAAAGGUAUGGUACGCAGUGACAGAGACUUGUUUAGCCUUUACAGUAUUUAGGGAUGACUUCAGUCCAAAAUUCAUAGCACUGUUCACCCUUCUUUUAUUUUUAAAAUCGUUUCAUUGGUUGGCAGAAGAUCGGGUAGAUUAUAUGGAAAGGAGUCCAGUGAUAACUUGGCUAUUUCACCUCAGAGUAGGCACUCUGUUGAGUCUUCUGUUCGCUAUAAAUCUGACCAUGAUUCAUUAUGCUUACAAUACAACAGCGACGAAAGGUCCUUCCGUGCAGCUUGUCUUUGGCUUCGAAUAUGCCAUUCUUUUAACAGUUGUAUUCAACAUCAGUGUAAAAUAUAUACUGCAUACGAUAGACUUGCAAAGUGAAAAUCCAUGGGACAAUAAGCCAGUAUUUCUGUUGUAUACAGAAUUAAUAAUCGGAUUAUUGAAGGUCAUUUUGUAUGUUGCUUUCGUCACUCUGAUGGUCAAAUUAUACACCCUACCGUUGUUCGCGUUACGCGCUAUGUACUACACGAUGAGAGAUUUCAAAAAGGCCUUCCGCGAUAUUGUAAUGUCGCGUCGCGCUAUCAGAAACAUGAAUACGUUAUAUCCAGAUGCAACAACAGAAGAAUUAGCCGCUGCUGAUAACGUGUGCAUAAUAUGCAGGGAAGAAAUGGUAGCGGCAAGUAAAAAAUUACCAUGUAAUCAUAUCUUCCAUACUGCCUGUCUUCGUUCUUGGUUCCAACGUCAGCAGACAUGCCCUACCUGCCGCUUGAACAUCUUGCGACCUGUUAGUAGCAAUCACAGGAACAGGCAACAAAAUCAGCCGCAGGCCGGACCACAAGUGCCUCAAGCUCCGCCAGCACCAGGAUUUAAUCCAAUCGUUCAAGUCCUGCCAGCAUUUUGGGCUGGAUUCCAAGCACCGGGAGCACCGCCACCGCAGCAACAGCAGCCGGCGCAGCAACAGCAGCAGACCACAGAUACCACGACGCAGCAGCAGCAUCAAAGUCAAAAUGGUGCUUCGAACGGACCGUCGACGUCAUUCCAAAAUUUGGCGGCUAGCGGAGUACCGUUGUUUCCACCACCAUUCCCGACUAUGGUGCCGUUACCUCCAAUCCCUACCCCACCGCCGAAUCUUACGGAAUUGAGCGAAGAGGAGUUGAGAGCGAUGGAGGGCAAUCUACGACAGGCCGUCGAAGCCAGGAUACAAACGUUGCAGAGAGUCCAGCUUCUAUUGGACGCGGCCAAUGCUAUGAUGAACCAGUAUCAAACAGCAGCUGCUACUGCUAACAUUCCAGUACCGACUGCGUCAAGCAAUGCGAAUGCGAAUACGGAUACAAUGGCGAAGCAAGGAACUUCGAAGAGUCCGAACACAAAAGCUGACGACGAACAGCCGCAAGAAUUGAAGCCCGAGACGAACGUUCCUAUUGUAAAUUCUUCCAGUGAUAAUGCGAAUUCAUUGUCAGGCACAAACAGUAACGACGUUAUGCCGGAGUCGUCGCCGAGCAGAAGCGACGCAGAGUCGUCGAACGAGCAGGAAAUGUUGCGAAGGCGUAGGUUACAAAAGUUCUCGGCUCAACUUACAGCAGAAUAAAUGUUCGUUAAACGAUGUGAUAAUUUUGUGUAAUAUACUUGUAUCUUGAUUAAUAAUGGGGCCUGGUUGCAGAUACGAUUGAUUCAUUGAGAAUAGUAUGUAAGAGCUUGGAAAAUUCGAAGUCGAUAUUACAAUAUGAAUAAUCGCAAAUAUAUCAAUUAAUCAUUUACAUAAGACGAUACUAUUAAUCUGAUUUAUCUUCUUUUUCUUCAAAGACGAAUGAUAAUGAAAAUCGUACUAGUUUUUUGUUCCUUAGCUAUUUUAAUUGUGUAUAUAUAUAUAUUCUUUAUAAAAUGGUCUCCACUGUUUCACAAAGUGACUUUUGUAUCAAUUAAAUUGUUUCCAUACUUGUUUACAUAAAAAGUGAUUUUUAGUUUGCCCCUUUUUUUGUAUCUGUCUCAUAGGAUUAACAUUACGAAACACACACCGUCAGUCUUGUUUGUAAUACAUACUGACUAAUGUACAGAUUUCAUUAAUUAUAUUAUAUAUAUUAUUAGGAAUGCUUGUGUCUGUACACGGGAAUGGUAAUGCCAGUUACUAUUAUAACAUGACUGUAAGAUAAUUGUUUUAGAUAACUAUCAUUAUACAUAAUAAAUUUAUUUGUCUAUUUAAUAA